AUGGGUACCGGCGCAGUCAUCUCAAGCAACCCGCUCAAGCUCGAUUAUCGGAGCCACAGCAAGUGCCUUGCGAUUUGCGCGGUCAUCACUGUCUCGAGCUUCCAGUAUGGACUAGACUACGCACUUGUCGGAGGGUUUAUGGCCAUGCCGGGCUUCCUACGAGUCUUUGGGUAUUUCGAUGAGACGACUCAGAAGUGGGCCAUUGACACCACAGUCCAGCAGCUUAUAUCGUCUCUCAUGACCGUUGGUACCUUUGUAGGUUCAUUGCUCAUCGGUCCCUUCAGCCAGCGUUUUGGGCGUAAGAACGGCCUCUGGACAGCCUCGGCGCUGAAUGCCAUCUCGACGGCAAUCAUGAUGGGAACUACCAGCGUGGGACCGCUUUACUUUGCCCGUUUCUUGCUUGGCAUAUCCGUGGGCUGGUUCCUUACCUUUGGCCAGGUCUACAUAAACGAGGCAGCACCUGCACACCUGCGUGGCAUCGUCUUCGCUGUCUACCAGACCCAGCUCAGCGUGGGUUCGGUUGUAGGUGCGGCUGUGGACUAUGGAACACACAACAUGCAGGACAAGAACGCCUACAGAAUCCCUUUGGCCCUCUUCUUCAUCGCACCAACAGUCCAGUCGAUCUCGUUGAUAUUCUUCCCAGAGAGUCCGCGGUGGCUCAUGGCGCAUGGCAGAGAAGACAGCGCUGAAUUAGCGCUGAGAAGACUGCGUGGCCAUGCUAUUGAAGAGGCGACGUUCCAGGCAGAGCUGAACGAGAUACGAGUUUCUACAAGGCAGCAGGUGGAACAUAGCAAACACAGGAACAAGCAUCUCUGGCUCGAGAUAUGGAACAAGAGCAAUCGGAGAAGGACAAUGCUCUCAAUCGCGGUGGUGUGCUUUCAUUGUGCAGCAGGGUCCUCCUACCUGACAAUAUACACGACGUAUUUCCUCACAACGGCUGGCAUUGCGUCAGACCGGUCUUUUGAAUUUUCUACCAUGAUAACUUGCACGGGGCUACUAGGGAUUCUGUCCAGCUUUUUUUGGGCGGACAAGGUGGACCGGCGAGCCAUUUUCAUGAUUGGGGUUGCUGUCUGCGGACUCACGCAGUUGGGUUUUGCCGUGGCUUGGACGGUGACACCGGGAACCGAGACCGCUGGCAAGGCCGUGGUUGGUCUUAUUGCGGUGUUUACUUUCUUCUACACUGCCUUUGGUCCGUACGCGUGGAUGGUCGGCGCGGAGUAUCCCAACAACCACCUUCGUGCUCAUACCUUCGGGCUCGCGACGGCCUUGAACUUCUUGGGUAACUGGGUUGGAAUUUUCACUGCUCCAUACUUCAUUAACCCGGCUAGCCUAGGGUGGAGUGCAAAGUACGGCUACAUCUGGUUUGCAUCAAACACUCUCGUGUUUCUGUUCAUAUACUCCUUUCUACCAGAGACAAGGGGUCGCACUUUGGAAGAGAUCCAUGAAAUGUUCGAGGAAAAGGUUGCGUCUAGGAAGUUCAAAGGGUAUAUCUGUGCAGAAACACAAGCCAUGGCCACUAGGGUAAUUGAAAAGGAGCGUGUGGCACAUGCCGAGGAGGUCAACACUCCAUAA